AGAUAUCUUGAUCUUUCUAGAAAUAAUUUUAAGAUUCUCCCAAAGAGUAUUUGUAGAAUACAAAAUUUGCAAUCUUUGAAACUUGACUUAUGUCUUGAGCUUGAAGAAUUGCCGAAGAAGAUUGAAAAAUUGGUGAAUCUUACCCAUAUUGGGUGUGAAGGUUGUAUUAGUUUAACCCGUAUGCCACGUGGAAUAGGAAAACUGAGUUCCCUUGAAACGUUAAGCAUGUUUGUAGUGGAUAAAGAUGGUUUCCAUGGCAGUGCAGAUCUAAGUGAAUUGAGUGCGCUUAACAACUUAAGGGGAGAGCUAACAAUAACAAAUUUGGGAUUCGUAAAAAAUUCGAAAGAGAUGUUUAGGGCUGCUAAUUUGAAAGAGAAGAAACAUUUGAGAUCGUUGGUUUUAGAAUGGAAUGAUGAUGAUGAUGAUGAUGACGACGACGACGAUAAGUUACUUGAAGACCUCCAGCCCCAUCCUAAUCUCAAGGAGCUCUGUAUCAAUGGAUGGAGGGGUGAUGCCAAGUUUCCGAGUUGGCUUUCUUUGCUCACGAAUCUUGUCAAUAUUGAAAUAUGGGGUCCUAGUAAAUUCAAAUAUCUACCGUCCUUUGCUAAAUUGCCUUGUCUUCAACAGUUGGAUAUAUUUUAUUUAACUGAGCUCGAGUACAUGGAUGAUAAUGGCCCCAAUGGAAGACAAGGAAACACAGAACCAUUCUUCCCGUUGCUUAAGGUUCUCAAAAUCUGGCGCUGCCCAAAUAUGAAGAGUUGGUGGAGGGCAACAGAAGCAAUUGGUGAUGAUUCCAACGAGGACGACACAACAGUUAUAGGAACAUCAACCAUGGCAUUUCCUUGCCUUUCCUCUUUAGAAAUUGAAGAUUGCCCUUUGACUUCAAUGCCGUUGUAUCCUUCACUCGAUAAUGAGCUAAAGCUGGUGAAAACCAGUUCAAGGGCGUUAAAACAAACCCUUAAGAUGAACAUCACCAGUAUAACACCAUCAGGUUCAAUCUCUUCUAUUCCUCUCUCCAAAUUGAAAUCUUUCCAUGUAGACUACAUUGAGGGAUUGGACACUCACAUGCUAGAUAAGUCCUUUCAACAUUUCACCGGCCUCAAAAAAUUAACAAUAGGAGAUUGCAAGGAGGUUGAUUUCGUGGGCAUGCAAUGGGAACUCCUUACGAAUCUCUCUCAUUUGGAGAUUAAUAAUAAUCCGCAGCUGCUGUCUCUCCCCUUUUGGCUUCAACAUCUUGUUCAAUUGAAAGGAUUAACAGUAGGAGAUUGCAAGGAGGUUGAUUUAGAAGGCAUGCAAUGGGAAGCCCUUAAGAAUCUCUCUCGUUUGGAGAUUAAGAAUAUUCCAAAGCUGGUGUCUCUCCCCAUUGGGCUUCAACAUCUUGUUCAAUUGGAAACAUUAGAAAUCCAUAAUUGCAGUGGAUUGAGGUCACUCUUUCCUGUGUUCCAACAUCUCACUUCCCUUGAAGAAUUACGAGUAAGUCACUGCGAGGAGCUGGAGCUAUCAGCAGCAGACUUCCAAAUAUUCCAACAUCAUACAAGCCUACGCUAUCUAAGGCUGGAAAACAUUCCAAAGUGUCGGCAUCUUCCGGAGUGGCUUCAACAUCUAACAAAUCUGCGAUGUCUUUAUCUCAUUGAUUUGCCCAAUUUAACAUCGCUUCCGGACGAGAUGCGUUGCCUAACCAAAUUGGAAAGGUUAGAUAUAUCUGAAGUUCCUCAGUUGGAGGAAAGAUGUCGGAAGGAGAUUGGCGCUGAUUGGCAUAAGAUUGCUCACAUCCCACGCAUUUGUUGGGAAUAGGUUGUCAUCGGAAGGACCUUAUUUGCUCAUAUCCGGU